AUGUGUAUCCAACGUCCCACAACAGCCAAGAACAGAUUUAGAGGUCAGAAGUCCAGGAAUGUAUUUCACAUAGCCAGCCCCAAAAUUGUCAAGGCUAAAAACAAAGCAAAACCAGUUACUACAAAUCUUAAGAAGAUUCCUCAGCGGCAUCAGGAACAUGAACCUGUUAAUGUUGAUGCAGCGACAGGGUUAGUGGCUCUCUUGUAA